GGCGCAUUCGUUUUUUUUAUAAAAUAUAUUUUUUAAAAAGAUUUGCUAAUAUAGCGUCAGUUUUUUAAAGAAUAUUUUUUUUUAAAUUAAAAUUGUCUUUGUUAGUUCUGUGCGAUAUAUGAAGCAUUUGUUUUUAAAAUAAUAACGAUGGCCGGUUUAAUUUCCCGCGUUAUUUUUAUUCUGUGCUGUUUUGUUUUGAGUGAACAACAAAAUAUUUUGAAGAAAGAAGCAUAUCAGACAGUAUCGCAGCUCAUAAUAUCAGCCGGAUAUCCGGUGGAGAAGCACCGUGUAACUACAACGGACGGUUAUAUCCUGCAAUUGCACAGGAUACCGGCUGGUAAGAGGACAGCAAGGAAGGCAUCCAGCGCUAAGGGCAAAAAGGCCGUACUAAUUUGCCAUGGAAUUCUCGGGAGUAGUAGUGACUUCGUUAUUAUGGGACCUGAGAAGAGUUUAGCGUACAGUUUAGCGGACGAUGGCUACGAUGUUUGGCUAACAAAUCUCCGAGGCAACAUUUACACAUCUCACCAAAACUACACGAGAAAUAACCCAAAAUUUUGGGAAUACAGUUUUCACGAACAUGGUAAAUACGACUUACCAGCGUCCAUUGAUAAAGUGCUCAGCGUCACUGGUCUGUCCAAGAUCCUGUACAUCGGUUACUCGAUGGGGGGCGCGAGUUUCUUUGUGAUGGCGUCAGAACGGCCGGAGUACAAUGAUAAAGUUAUAUCUUUCCUCGCACUCGCACCAGCCGUUUACUUACCUAACAUAAAACCAAUUGCUGAAUUUCUUUUAAAGGAUUUAAAUAUACUUGAUCAAUUUCGAGCCCAAGGGAUACAUUCUGUCAGCAUUCAGCGAAAUGUCCUAGAUAUGUUUAUCAAGAGCGUAUGCUACUCGAAGAAGCCAGAAAAUAACAUAUGUAUGAGAAUAAUCUAUAUGGUUAUUGGAAAUGAUGAGGAACAAUAUGAUAAGGACAUAACCGCACUAUUUUUGGCAAGAUUUCAGCCAGCUUCAUUUCGUCAACUUGAACAUUUUGGGAAAGUCGCUAUGACAGAUGUGUUUACUUCAUGGGAAGACGGUUUAUGGGGUAGCGUGAAACCAUACAACUUCUCGAACGUACGGGUACCAGUCACAUUGCUUUAUGGUGAAAAUGAUCAACUGACGGAGAAAUCGCAAAUUCUCCGCCUAGCUGCAGAGUUAAACGCUACAGGGGUGCUGGAUGACGUUCGACCAGCUAGUUCCUGGCCCAAGUUUAAUCAUCUUGACUUUAUCUUCGCAUAUGACAUUGACUCUAUUUUUAUUAAGCCUUUCCUCACGACAAUUACAUCAUUGUUUAAUAAAUAUGGAUAGACAGUAUCUAUUGAACUAUCAAUUGUAGAG